CACAGUUUUCUGCUCUGCAGCUUCAAUCACUUAUUCCAUUGGGAAAGACAUAGAGCUGGGUCUGUGUAGUACGAAGAGAAAAGGCAAGACACACGCAGAAGGACAGCUAUGGCUUGGAUGUUAUACUUUACGACAUGUGUUCUAUUUGGGAUUUCUUCAUUUGUUUGCCCCGCACGGAUCUAUCCACCAAACGAAGUAACGUUGCUGGAUUCCAGAUCAGUGCAAGGGGAGCUUGGAUGGGUAGCUAGCCCCACGGAAGGAGGGUGGGAGGAAGUAAGCAUUAUGGAUGAGAAAAACAUACCUAUUCGCACGUACCAGGUAUGCAAUGUGAUGGAACAGAGUCAAAACAACUGGCUGCGGACUGAUUGGAUCCCCCGCGGGGGAGCCCAGCGAGUGUAUAUUGAAAUAAAGUUCACUCUCCGGGAUUGCAACAGCCUGCCCGGUGUCACCGGGACUUGCAAAGAGACAUUCAACCUUUACUACUAUGAGUCCAACAACGAUAAAGAGCGCUACAUCCGGGAGAACCAGUUCGGGAAGAUUGACACCAUCGCGGCCGACGAGAGCUUCACGCAGGUGGACAUCGGGGAUCGGAUCAUGAAGCUGAACACGGAGGUGAGGGGCGUGGGGCCACUGACCAGGAAGGGUUUUUACUUGGCGUUUCAGGACGUGGGGGCUUGCAUCGCCCUGGUGUCAGUGCGCGUGUUUUAUAAGAAGUGCCCCCUGACGGUGCGCAACCUGGCGCAGUUCCCCGACACCAUCACCGGUGCCGACACGUCAUCGCUGGUGGAAGUGCGGGGCUCCUGCGUCAACGACUCCGAGGAGAAAGACGUGCCGAAAAUGUACUGUGGCGCGGACGGGGAGUGGCUGGUGCCCAUCGGUAACUGCCUGUGCAACCCUGGCUACGAGGAACGCAACGGAGAGUGCCAAGCUUGUAAAGUCGGUUAUUACAGAGCCCUGUCGACUGAUGCCAGCUGCUCCAAGUGUCCACAGCACAGCUACUCUGUCCGUGAAGGAUCUACAUCUUGCACUUGCGAUAAAGGAUACUUCAGAGCCGAAACCGACCCUGCUUCUAUGCCUUGCACCAGGCCCCCAUCCUCCCCUCAGAACCUAAUCUCCAACGUGAACGAGACCUCCGUGAACCUGGAGUGGAGCGUGCCUCAGUACACGGGCGGCCGUCACGACAUCACCUACAACGUGGUGUGCAAGCGCUGCGGCGCGGACCUGUCCCGCUGCCGGCUGUGCGGAAGCGGCCUCCACUUCAGCCCCCAGCAGCUCAACCUGAAGGGCACGAAGGUUUCCAUCACCGACCUCCAAGCCCACACCAACUACACCUUCGAGGUUUGGGCCGUGAAUGGAGUCUCCAAGCAGAGUCCCAGCAGCGAACAGGCCGUGUCCGUCACCGUGACAACCAACCAAGCAGCUCCUUCUCCUGUCACCUCGAUUCAGGCUAAAAGCAUCACAAGACACACAGUGUCCCUCGUCUGGCAGGAGCCCGAGAGACUGAACGGGGUCAUCCUUGAAUAUGAAGUCAAGUACUAUGAAAAGGAUCAGAAUGAGCGCAGCUACCGGAUCAUAAAGACCUCAGCUCGGAACACCGACAUUAAAGGCCUGAACCCCCUGACAUCAUACGUGUUCCACGUGCGCGCUAGAACAGCCGCUGGCUACGGGGACUUCAGCACACCUUUUGAGCUCAUGACAAACUCGGUUCCCUCUGCUGUUGUAGGGGAUGGUGCCAGCCCCACGGUGCUGCUGGUUUCAGUGGCUGGAAGCGCGGUCCUGGUGAUCAUCCUCAUCGCAGCCUUUGUCAUCAGCAGAAGGCGCAGCAAGUACAGCAAGGCAAAGCAAGAUGCAGAUGAAGAGAAACAUUUACACCAAGGUGUCAGAACAUAUGUAGAUCCCUUUACCUACGAAGACCCCAACCAGGCUGUCCGCGAGUUUGCCAAAGAAAUUGACGCCUCCUGCAUUAAGAUUGAAAAAGUAAUUGGAGUCGGAGAAUUUGGAGAGGUGUGCAGUGGCCGCCUAAAAAUGUCGGGCAAGAGAGAGAUCUGUGUGGCUAUCAAGACCCUGAAGGCGGGCUACACCGAUAAGCAGAGGCGGGACUUCCUGAGUGAGGCAAGCAUCAUGGGACAGUUUGACCACCCGAACAUUAUCCACCUGGAGGGAGUUGUGACUAAAUGUAAACCUGUAAUGAUCAUAACUGAAUACAUGGAGAAUGGGUCCUUGGAUGCAUUCCUCAGGAAAAACGAUGGAAGGUUUACAGUGAUCCAGCUGGUUGGAAUCCUGCGUGGAAUAGCCUCUGGAAUGAAGUAUCUCUCUGACAUGAGUUACGUACAUCGGGAUCUGGCUGCAAGAAACAUUCUGGUUAACAGCAACUUAGUGUGUAAAGUGUCAGACUUUGGCAUGUCCAGAGUGCUGGAAGAUGACCCAGAGGCAGCCUACACCACUCGGGGGGGUAAAAUCCCUAUCAGGUGGACGGCCCCCGAAGCAAUCGCCUAUCGGAAGUUCACUUCAGCAAGCGACGUGUGGAGCUACGGAAUCGUCAUGUGGGAAGUGAUGUCAUACGGAGAGAGGCCGUACUGGGAUAUGUCCAAUCAGGAUGUAAUUAAAGCGAUCGAGGAAGGCUACCGCUUGCCUCCCCCCAUGGACUGCCCUGUUGCCCUGCACCAGCUGAUGCUCGACUGCUGGCAGAAGGAACGCAGCGACAGGCCCAAGUUCGGACAGAUCGUCAACAUGCUGGACAAACUGAUCCGCAACCCCAACAGCCUGAAGAGGACGGGAGCCGAGAACACAAGGCCUAACACCACCCUUUUGGACCCCAGCAGUCCUGAAUUCUCCUCACUGGGCACUGUAGGUGACUGGCUUCAGGCCAUCAAGAUGGAAAAAUAUAAAGAUAACUUCACAGCUGCCGGCUAUACCACUCUGGAAGCUGUGGUACACAUGAACCAAGACGACCUGGACAGAAUCGGAAUUGCAGCGGCUGCACAUCAGAACAAGAUCCUGAGCAGCGUUCAGGGAAUGAGGACCCAGAUGCAACAAAUGCAAGACAGAAUGGUUCCUGUCUGAGCCACUGCUGUAUAAACUUAAGACUCUAUAUAUAAAAAAAUAAAUAAAAUAAAUAAAAUUAGUUUACCUCAUCCAUGCACUUUAAUUGAAAAAAAAAGAAAAGAAAAAACGGCACUUUUAUGACUUCAUCCUUGCCCUUUGAAAUAAAGAUAUUUUUGUCUGCGGCAUUGCUUGAUGCUUGGACGUACGGAACUGAAGGGUCUUACUGGGAGUGCCUGCAGAGUAAUGGUGGAAGCUGGAAGAGCAUUCAUCUAUCCAUGUCAAAUUGAUGUUGUGCUUUGGUGAAAAACCAUGAACCUUUUUUUUUUUUUUUUUUUUUUUUUUUUUUUUUGUAGCUAUCUAUUUCUGAUUUGCUGCCAUACAUUGUGUUCGGCUGAAACACCAAACUCUGAACACUAUAGUGUUUGUGGGAUCAACCGCAGACAUACAGCUUUGGGCUAGAAUGAAGCAUUUCCUCAGGAUAUUCUGAGAAGUCUUAGACCUGGCCUGAAGUAUGUUGCCAAUUCCCUACAGUGGAGCCUUUCUGUGUUAGAUUACCUCGGCUACUGGAAACUGCUUUUCUUUUUGUAUGUCUCUACAACCUUUCUGAAUGAACCCAGAGAGCUUUCUGGACUUCCACUGACCAGACCUCAAGACUGUAAAAAUUGUGUUCUGCCUGUGAUUAGUAUUCUGCAACAAAACUUUUCUUCACCUGGAAAAUUCUGCUAAAUAUUCCUGCAAAAAGGGGCUGUUGCAUGUUGGUGGGAAUGUCUUGCCUUUUCCGUUUGAAAAAUGCAACCAGUGUCAUAAUCUUAAAAGGUGAGCUUUAGAGAGGUGCGUUAUUGAAUACUGUAAAUUAUUAUGUUUUUUUUUUUUUUUUUAAAUGAUGUAGUUCUUAACGUAAUUGAUUCCCUGAUGUGUCUCCAGCACACCUGGGACUUGCAAAAAAAAAAAAAAAAAAAAGUGUUAGGGAGAAUGUGUGAUUAUUUUAACAAUGAUUGGUAAAAAGAAUGUGUUUACAAGCUAACGGUCAUGAAUGAAGUACUAAUAAUAAUACACCCUUGUAUUUAUUUAAAAGUAUAUUUUGGUACUUAUUUAAUAAUUGUAAUCCACUUU